AUAACUAAGCACCUUUUCCAAAACACUAAAGCCGCUGCCCCCCAAUAGACGCCUCCAAAUCAAACGGCUGCCACUGUACUCACCUCCCCAUUUCUCCGGCGACGGUGUUCAUCACCGUCAUCUCUAUCCCCUCCCUCCUCCUCGCCGACCUUUCCCACCGACUUACUUCCAGUGAAACGAGUGGUUCAGUUCGUUUCCCAUCCCCAUAUCAUAUCAGCUACCACCUUCACUCUACACAUAAAAAAUGGCAAAGUACCUCCCUCCUGAACUCAUCAUCAACAUCCUCUCAAUGCUACCAUCAAAAUCACUUCUUCGUUUUCGAUUAGUGUGCAAAUCAUGGCAUUCUCUCAUCUCUUCCCCCGAAUUCAGCCAAACUCAUCUUCACAAUUUCAACAAAUUAAACUCUCGCAAUCUUGUUCGAUGUUGUCUAUGGACAGAAAAGAAGGAAGUAUACACUAUCCAUCACAAUGACCAACAUCUCACUCUCGAUGCCCCCAUUGAUUUCCCCUUCAAUCUUCUCCGUGAUGAAUAUGGAACCAUAUUUUAUACACUCAUCGCGAGUUGCAAAGGCGUUGUUUGCCUCUACAAUGAAAGAUCACCAAAAAAUGAAAUCCUACUAUGGAAUCCAUCCAUUAGGAAGAAAAUUACCCUAACUCCUCCUUCAUACAUGCCAGAACUUACUCUCGUUUUCGGGUUUGGGUAUUGUGAGAAUUCUGAUGAUUAUAAGGUAGUGAGACUUGCAUAUGAUCGAAAUAACUUGAUCGAUAGACCCGAGGUUGAGAUUUACACUGUGAAAACCGCGAUUUGGAAACCGAUCGUGUUCCCUCAAGAUUUUCCUUGCUACCAUAUCCUUAGCGACUGCUCACAAGUGUUUUUCAAUGGAUCUGUUCAUUGGUUAGCAGCUGAUUUGGGAGUUUCACAUUGCUCAAUACUAACAAUGGACAUGAGUAAAAACGUUUUUGGAGAAAUCCAAUUGCCUGAGUAUCUGGUGCAUUAUUCUUCAAUGGGUUUAACAUUAACGGUUGUUGGGGAUUAUUUGGGUGUGAUUUAUUCAAACCGUUGUACAGUUGUGGGUUCAAGCACUUACAAGAUAUGGGUUAUGAAGGAGUACAAGAAACCGAUUUCAUGGACAUUGAUAUAUGAUGUGCAUUAUCCGGAUACGGAUUUAGGGAGACCUUUGAAGUUGAGACAUAAUGGGGAUUUGAUAACUGAAUCACGUAGAUGCAAUUUAACAAUCUAUAAUCGUGAGGCAGGGUGUUAUACUGUUGCUGGAUGUUGUAGCAAAGGUGUUGUAUUAUGGUCGUUUUCUAUUGAUAGAUAUGAAGAGAGCUUAGCAUUGUUGGAUGUUGAAAGUGAUGAUAACAAUGAAGAGUGAUUGGUAAGGUUUGAAGUGAUUGUAUAUUUUUUGUGUGUGUGUUUGCAUAUAUGGUUAUUAUUAUAUUCUAAUGAUUGUGGAAUGUAAGUAGGUAACAUGGUUUGUUUGUGUAAGAAAUUGAAGUCAUUUGGCUAGUGUUUGAAGGUGGCUUGACUUUGUACAUUACACAUUUUUAUGUAUUAUAUUUGUGUAUAUAUCAUAAACAAAUGGGAUAUUUUCUUUGUUGA